CCAAACUUUUGCAUAAGCCAGUAAAACAAUAAAAUACUAAGGUAAGAAAGUUGAUGUUUUGAUUAUUUUAUAGCUCAGGAGCCACAAGGACUAUGGGAGUCUGAUUAUAUCUCUCUAGUGAGAUCAGAAUAAUAACAAUGAAAGUAUAACAAGGCGAGCGGAGCCUUACAGUGGAGCUCUCACUCUGGGAAGGCUUUGCUGGAAAAACCCAAACUGGGUCAUUUGGCAACCCAGCGCUGAGUGAAUAUCUGAUAGAAAACAUCUUACUAUUGUUCCAGAACUGUAAACAAACUGAUUCCCUGUUAGUUUCUGUUUCUCCGCGACUUCUCUCUGUGGCACAGACGAGCAUUUGGGAAAGAGAAAUGGAAAACGAUACAGACAAUUAUGAAGACUAUUACUUCUACUCUCCUAUGGAUAAUGAAACAUAUCCCCAGGAGGCUGAGAUCAAAUUUGGAUCCACUGUACUUACCAUAUUCAUCUCCAUUGUGGUCCUCCUCAGUCUCAUUGGUAACAUCCUGGUUCUGGUGAUCCUUGGACUCUACGAGAACCUCAAAUCACUGACCAACAUCUUCAUCCUUAACUUGACUCUGUCUGACCUCAUCUUCACUCUUGGACUUCCCUUUUGGGCCUGUUACUACAUCUGGAGCUGGACUUUCGGUGAUUUUAUGUGUAAAACUGUGAACUUUAUCUUCUCUGCUGGAUUUUAUAGCAGCACUGUGUUCCUGAUGCUGAUGUCCAUUGAGCGCUAUGCAGCAGUGGUCCAUCCUCUGCUACAUAGGUCUGACUGGACCAAGUGUCACAGUUUUGCAGUGAUUCCCAUCAUUGCUUGGGUGGUGAGCUUUUCAGCAGCUUUGCCAGACUUCGUGUUCAGCGAAGUCAUCAGUGACCCAUCAGACCCUGACACACUUUACUGUGACCAUAACAGCAUUAUAGCCUUUGUUGGUGUCACAUAUGAGCAGAACAUUUUUUUGGUUGUUGCCUUUUUAGUCAUGAGCUUCUGCUUCAUAAGAAUUCUUCUGACCAUCAUCAAGGCCCAAACAAAGAAGAAACACAGGACUGUGAGACUCGUCUUCUGCAUGGUGGUGGUGUCCUUUGUGAGCUGGGUUCCUUAUAACAUUGUGGUAUUUCUGCAGACUUUAACUCAUCAUCAGAUUGAGCUUUUUACACAACUUGGUGUCUUUGCUCAGCUUAAAUAUGCAUUUGAUCUCUGCAGAUUACUCGCUAUUUCCCACUGCUGUGUUAAUCCAGUGAUUUACAUUUUUGCUAGUAAAAAAAUAAGGAAUCAUUUGAAGGCGCUUCUACAGAAGAUAUUCCAACGACAAACAAAUACAGAAUUCCAUCAGGCAGAAAUUCACUCUGACAGUUCACUGUGAAGAGGAUUGGGGACCCACAUCAUUCCUGUGCAGUUUUUAAGGGUCACCUUGCAUGACAAAGAAGGAAUGUAAAACUGAGGAGGCACAAUAUCCCAAUAUUUUAUUUCUAUUUUGCACACUAUGCAUGCCUUAAAUACCUUCAUUUAUAACAUUAUUCCUCACCAGUUCACCUUGCAACAAGCUGGUCACGCCCAUUUCACUUAUGCAACUAUGUAAAAUUUCAAACUCUGCUCCAAGUAUAAUUUUUUAUGAUGAUGAUGUUUUUAAAGUGUACUGCUGUAUGUUCUAAAUCACAUAUGCAAAUACUGAGUAUAGCUGCUUAUACAAUGUCUGUACCAAGUUGAAAUUAUAACAGGUGAAACUGGCGGCUGUGUUUUAUGCACUGUGAUUUAGCAUCAACUUUCAAUGGCUUAUAUUCUGUCAUGUGUAACUGAUCAUUAAAGCUUUGGCACAACUA